ACCGGAUUACAGUAGCGCGCGUAAAUUUUUCUAUGUGCCUUUGUAAUUUAACGAAAGUUUGCGAAAUUACUCUUAAUUUAACUACGAAAAAUGGAUGAAACAGUAUUAUUUCCCUCGCCUAACUGGUUCCAAGUGUCAGGAUUAGCGGUGAGCAACGACGGGUGGCUAGCUUACGGCGGUCCAAGCAAAAGUCUUUGUGUCUUGAAGCCUGUGCCAGCUGAUGCGAAUGGCGUGGUUGAAGGUGCCGAGCAAUAUACUGCACAUGUCUUGAACAGAGCACAUCCCGACAAGAUUGUAAGUGUAGACAUAUCACCUGAGUGGCCAGAGAAGAAACUGGUGCUGACGGGAAGUGCUAGUGGCUCUGUAAAACAAUGGAGUUUAGAGGAUGCAAACGGACGAAUAAAAUUCAAAUCCAAUCUUAGUCAUGACAUCCACACUCAUGAGAAAGAGGAAAUAAUUGGUGUUGCAUACAGCGAUGAGGUGUAUGCUGUAACAGUGGGCAGUUUCGGUAACAUUGUGAAAUGGGACCUAAAUGCCAAUGUAGUAAAAACAUUCAACAACAUGUUGAAGACAUUCAAGCCAACAUGCAUGGCCUGCUCCCGUCACAUCACACUAAAUGUGGCUGUUGGUACCAAGCAGGGAGUCCUGUUUGUGGUGGAUUUGAGUGGUGCUGGCAGCCUUAUCUACAAAGUUCGCAGCCAAGAUGAUGAAAUCAUGAAUGUGAGCUGGUGUCCCCAAUAUGAAGUCCAAGUUGAGAAAUCUGUUGAUGAAUCCCAAAGAACCGGAAUUGUUACUGAAAAACCUAGCAAGUCCAAAUCAAAGAACGGAGCGGCUCAGAAAGAGCCUCAAAAGUCUAGUGCCUCCGAUAGAAUGGAAAAAAUCAGGCAGCAACAAGACCUAGAAGAAAAAAAUACAUCUGGAAUCAAAAAGGAUCUUCCCCAAGACAGUUUUGAAGAUUUUGUAGUUGUUCCCGAAGAUGACAUGUUUGACAUCUAUAAAGACCAUGAAGCAGAUGAGUUUGGACACAAAAAAUAUGAACCAGAGGAUAUACUAGUGAAAAUCAAGGAACCCACGGAACAGAAUGAUUAUUUGGCUGAAUGCUUGAAGCUUAAAGAUACUAUACUAAAGAAAAAGAAUGAACCAGAGCCCUCAAUAGAGUCCUUAGUAGAGGCACUUGAGAAAAGUGAUAUAAACAGUGAAAAUAGUCCAAAAGGAGAGAUACCUAGUAGUAGUAAGGUUAUAAGUGAGUCUAGUCAAGAAACCAGGUGUAGUAGGGAGGAGCUAGAGGAAUCUGGUGCUGUGUCUAGUGUGCACAUGCAUAAGCAUUUGUUAGCAACAAUUGGGAAACAUGGUGGUGUUCGCAUCUGGUCAAAGACUGGCAAGCUUGUGGCCAGCUGCGCCCUGAUCGCCGGGAAGCAACAACAAGGCCGCUUCAGGAACUCUUGGGCCACGCUGGCUUGGUGCCAGCCUGAGUUGCUGCUCAUAGCUGAUGGGAAGAACCAGUUGUUGGAGUGCAAUCCACUGAAGCCUGAUUGCAAGAACAAGCUGGUAACGAAGUUGGUUCACACUCUGCAUAAGCGCGGGUUGCACUGCGUGGCCACGAACGCUAGUCGGGCGAACACCGGCGCGCCCGUCGCUUGGAGCGCGUCGCAGGACCGCUCGCUCGUCCGCUACAGCCUGUGCGACCGCUCCACCACCGUGUACAACACGUGCGGGGGCUUCGUUUACAACGUGCAGUAUUGCCCGUAUGAUGUUAACAAGGUAGCGGUGAGCGUGGGCGACGGUGCCGUCCGCGUGUGGACGGCCGAGGAGGCCGAGGAGGCCGAGGAGGCCGAGGAGGCGGAGGGCAAGCUGUCGGCCGGCCGCGUCGUCACCUACUGGCAGCACGUGCAGGGCAAAGUGCUCACCGUGGCCUGGCAUCCCACUAGGGAGAACUUGCUGGCCUUUGGAACGGCUGAGUCUAGGGUGGGGUUGAUCGAGACGGGCGCGGGCGAGCGGGCGGCGCGCGCGCUGUGCGCGGGGCCGGCGGGCGGCGUGUACGCGCUGGGCUGGGGCGCGCGCGGUCUGUACGCGGCCGCGCGCCAGGAGCUGCGCGCCUACCGCCACGAGCGACCCGACGAACCCGGGACGCCGGUGCCGGUGUUGGUAGAGGGGUCGGCGUGGGGCGUGAGCGCGGUGCGCGUGCGCGACGGCCUCCUGUGUGUCGGCAGCGACGCGGGCGGCGUGGCCGUGCUCCAAGAGCACGAAGCCAAGCUGCUGGCGGCGACAUUCGUCGGCAGUAAAAUGAUACACACAAUCGAAUGGCACCCACAACAGACCUCCUUUUCCAACGAGGAGUCUCAGCACAAGAAUUUAAUCGCAGUGUGCUCACAGGACAAGGCGAAUGCGGUCGUUAUAUUGGAGUUUGUCGAUAAAGAAGAAAACCAUCCGAAGUUGGUUGAAUUCAAGAGGCUCACCGGGCACACGAACACGGUCCUGCAAGUGGCGUGGAGCCCGCAUCACGAAAUGAAACUGUUGUCGACUUCGCACGACGGCACCGUGAGGGUAUGGGACGUAGAGGCGGGCACCUGCGUGUCGAUAUUCGGCGGGCACGGCGGCACGGCGCUGGGCGCGGCGUGGGCCGCACAACCCUCCCUCCCGCACCACGUGCUGUCGGGCGGCGCGGACUGCUGCCUGCGGCUGUGGGACACCCGCCAACACCCCGCCGAGGCCUACCAAGGUAUGUCGACACAACCCUCCCUCCCGCACCACGUGCUGUCGGGCGGCGCGGACUGCUGCCUGCGGCUGUGGGACACCCGCCAACACCCCGCCGAGGCCUACCAAGGUAUGUCGACACAACCCUCCCUCCCGCACCACGUGCUGUCGGGCGGCGCGGACUGCUGCCUGCGGCUGUGGGACACCCGCCAACACCCCGCCGAGGCCUACCAAGGUAUGUCGACACAACCCUCCCUCCCGCACCACGUGCUGUCGGGCGGCGCGGACUGCUGCCUGCGGCUGUGGGACACCCGCCAACACCCCGCCGAGGCCUACCAAGGUAUGUCGACACAACCCUCCCUCCCGCACCACGUGCUGUCGGGCGGCGCGGACUGCUGCCUGCGGCUGUGGGACACCCGCCAACACCCCGCCGAGGCCUACCAAGGUAUGUCGACACAACCCUCCCUCCCGCACCACGUGCUGUCGGGCGGCGCGGACUGCUGCCUGCGGCUGUGGGACACCCGCCAACACCCCGCCGAGGCCUACCAAGGUAUGUCGACACAACCCUCCCUCCCGCACCACGUGCUGUCGGGCGGCGCGGACUGCUGCCUGCGGCUGUGGGACACCCGCCAACACCCCGCCGAGGCCUACCAAGGUAUGUCGACACAACCCUCCCUCCCGCACCACGUGCUGUCGGGCGGCGCGGACUGCUGCCUGCGGCUGUGGGACACCCGCCAACACCCCGCCGAGGCCUACCAAGGUAUGUCGACACAACCCUCCCUCCCGCACCACGUGCUGUCGGGCGGCGCGGACUGCUGCCUGCGGCUGUGGGACACCCGCCAACACCCCGCCGAGGCCUACCAAGGUAUGUCGACACAACCCUCCCUCUCGCACCACGUGCUGUCGGGCGGCGCGGACUGCUGCCUGCGGCUGUGGGACACCCGCCAACACCCCGCCGAGGCCUACCAAGGUAUGUCGACACAACCCUCCCUCCCGCACCACGUGCUGUCGGGCGGCGCGGACUGCUGCCUGCGGCUGUGGGACACCCGCCAACACCCCGCCGAGGCCUACCAAGGUAUGUCGACACAACCCUCCCUCCCGCACCACGUGCUGUCGGGCGGCGCGGACUGCUGCCUGCGGCUGUGGGACACCCGCCAACACCCCGCCGAGGCCUACCAAGGUAUGUCGACACAACCCUCCCUCCCGCACCACGUGCUGUCGGGCGGCGCGGACUGCUGCCUGCGGCUGUGGGACACCCGCCAACACCCCGCCGAGGCCUACCAAGGUAUGUCGACACAACCCUCCCUCCCGCACCACGUGCUGUCGGGCGGCGCGGACUGCUGCCUGCGGCUGUGGGACACCCGCCAACACCCCGCCGAGGCCUACCAAGAAACUAAGGAAGAAGCGCCUAAGAAAGACAAGAAAAAAAGGAAAGACAAAAAAGAAAUCAAAACUGAAGCCACCGAAGACACAGAAACUGCAGACUCUGAAAACAACGGUUUAGCAGCGACGUUAGAAUCUAAAGUGAAGAUUUCCAAGAAAUUCUUACUGCCAACCAUCACCAAACAGAUGCAAAAGCCUAAGGCGAACGGAGCCAAGAGGAUGCUGCAUAAGUUUAUGGUGAAGAAGAAUUUGGAGACGGCAGUAGAGAGUGAAAAAUACGAUCUCGAUUAUAUCAAAAUGUUCGGCAAUUCGAAGGAGGUUAAUGAGGUGUUUGACAUGGAGAUGGAGCAACACCUGCGCGUGGGCAACACUGAGUCGUGGCUGGUGCUGUGCGUGCUGCGCGGACACAUCGACGCGGCGCUGCGCCUCGCCGCCGAGCGCGACCUGCUCUGCCCGUACCUGCUGAGCCUCGCGCCCGGCGUCUCCUCCAAGUACUGGAAAGACGCGUCUAAAUUAUAUCUGGCUCAAAUAGAUCGACUCGUCGCUAACGGCGAGGAAGACAAAUUAGUCGUGAACAGGAACUACGGCGGUCCCGUGUACCGCAAGGUGCUGACGCUGCUGAGCCUCCAGGACGUGAUCGGCGCGGUCAAGACGCUCGUCGAGAACAAACUAUACAAGGAGGCCUAUUUGCUGUGCCGGAUCAGGUAUAUGGACACGAUUGGAGACGAAGUCCUGGAGUCGUGGGCCAAGAAUUGCCUCCACUCCGGCGUGUCCGACAUGGCUGCUGUUUGCCACCUCGCGUUAGGGAAUCUGCUGGAGGCGGCGACGUGCCUCAGCAGAUGUUCCGACGCGGACAGCCUGCGCCUCGCCGCCGAGCUCGCCCGCGCCGCCGGUCAGACCAUCCUCGCCGACAACCUCAUAGGCAGGACGCUGAACACCCAGGACGUAGCGGCGGAACUCGACAAGCUACUGCCUUCCAGAGCCGAGUUAUUCUUGCGAGGGCCGCAGCGGAACGGGGGCCAAGCUAACGGAGAUGACAGCAACGGGGGAGAUCAUGAGCAAUAGUUAGGAUUUUAAAAUACGCU